AUGUCUGCGAAACCGACUUGUUUGAUUGUGGCGAGUGCUUCUGCUCAAGGUGGGUCCAUUUCCUGAUACCAACUCAUGAUGUAUGAUCGGAUCUUAGAAAAGGACAAAGUGUGAUCGCCUAUUUGGAUUAUUCUGAGUUUGAUUUCAUUACCAUUUAUUUGUAAAAUAGUUUUAACCUACAGUUGCUGUCUUAUACGAUUUGCACAUGUUAGCUGAUCGUUGAAGUUAGACUGGCCUUUCUUUGUGUAUCACGCAUGGAGCUGCAGAUCUGCUUAAACUGAUGCUUUUUGUUCUUCCAGGAGUAUCAGCCAAGUCUUUCCAUCAGUGCUUCAGCCUCUGUACCCCAGCGUUCAAUCUCCAGACAGCCACACCGGGGGUAACAAAAAAAUGUUAAUUCUACAUGUAGUUGCAUAACACGCCAGCGUAAAUAUUAUUAGCACUACUUGAAGCUCUGUAUGAGUGUACCAGCGCUGCAGAAUCAGCACAUAGACAUCAGAAAUGUUGCUCCCAGUUGUAAUAAAUUAAAAAUAUUUAGAUAAACUUCAAUAGACUCUCUUUUCAAACUCCAUUUGAUCUCAAGUGUAACUGCAGUCCAGCAGAUGACUCAUGGAGCAUUAAUGAAUCAAUGAUUAAUUGAUAAGCUGUCAUCUAUGAAUUUACAAGUACAUUAUUUUCUCAAGUACUGAGAAAACCUCCAAGAAAAAAACACUGAAUAUUAGUCAUAUUCCAGCUUCUCUUUCAUGGUAACUGAUAUCUUUGGUGUGUGUUAAAAAAACUGUCUCUGGCUUUAGGAAACCCUGAUUUAUUCUCUCCAUAAAUAAGCUUGUUUUUUUCCCCCCUUUUAUUCAUUGCAGGGCAAACCAAUAGAUUUUGUCGGAGUUGAUGAAAGCACUGCCAGGUGGGUGCAGGACUUCAAUGUGAAACCCUACACAUUACCAGCCAAACUGGAGUCUAUAGAUGGUGAGAAUAUCUGUGGCAUGCCCUUUUUCGGGGGGCAGGGAGGGCUUGUACUAUGUGUGCUGCUGUUUGGACUCUGGUCAGUCAAGUCAUGAUGACCUUUUCACAGGUGCACGGUACCAGGCACUGCUCAUCCCAGACUGCCCUGGAGCACCGAAUGACCUGGCACACAGCGGCUCUUUGCAUCGUAUUCUCACACAUUUUAUCUCCCAACAAAGUAAGUCUGAGGCUGAGCUUAAAAGUGGUUAAGUGAAAUCAUUUUUAUCCUUUAUAGAGAUGACGAACAGGUUGCGCUUUCUUGUCUGUAGAGCUGGUUUGUGCAGUGGGACAAGGAGUAUCAGGGCUUUGUUGUGCCACAGAAGGACAGAGUUGGAUCUUCAGCGGCUACAGCUUAACAGGGGUCAGUCUUUUUCAAGUUAAAACAAAGUUAGUUCAUCCAGAUAUGACUGUGUGUGUUUAGUGUUUCUAAUCACAACAUUUGUUUUGGCCGACAGCCGUCGGUGUUUGAACUGGUGCGAAGGCCUGACUUUGCCAAUCUGCCCUUGAUUGUGGAAGACUUUGUGAGAGAUAGUGGAGGAUCAUACACAGGUGAGUAGACCCUUAGAGCACAGAUGAUUGUCUUGUAAAUGUUCAGACAGCAUUUUAAAAACCCUUUCAUUUGUAUCUUUUUGUUUGACAGCAAGUCCAGAAGACACCGUGCACGUUGUCAUAGACAGACACCUCAUCACUGGACAGAACGCACAGUCCACUUCACUUGCUGUAAAUAAUCUAAUCCUGCUUUGUACAUCCAAGUGA